AUGGAGAACACAAGUGGUUUCGAAGCACUUCCUGUAGAGAUCCAAACUGAGAUUCUGUCACAAUUGCCUCUCAAAUUUUUAAUGAUAUUCAGCGUCUCAAAGAAGUGGUCAUCUUUAAUCCGUACGAAAGAAUUCAGACAGCUUUACUUGAGCCAGUCGAUGAAAAGGCCUCGAGUGAUGUUCAUGGUCCAUCGACUUAAGUUCAGCCCAACCGUAGCUGAUGUUCUGUUUCACUCUGUUUCUCAAGAGGAGGAGUCAUUGUUGAUGUCUUCUGGUAGUGAUCAGCAAGAGAUGUGUAUCUCUCCUGAACCAGGAUAUGAUAGGAUUGCUCAACCCGUCCGAGGGUUGAUCUGUCUUCGCAAGAAAAGUAAGGUUGUCAUUUACAAUCCCGGUACGGGAAAGACUCUGACUUAUUUACCAAAGAUCGAAGCACGUAAACAAGCGGCCAUAACAACUUUUUUCGGAUACGAUGAAGUUACAAAUGUGUUCAAGGUUUUAGCGUUUGAUAAAUCACAAGGAGCUAAGGUACAUCAGAUUUUGACGAUAGGAUCGAGUAAACAAUCUUGGAGAAGGAUCAUAUGUGAUCAUGAUCAUUCUCCAGUUACGGAAGGGCUAUAUAAAGACGGAGUUUUGUACUACGGAGCUCGGUCCCAUACCGACAAAUCUCUGCUAAUGAGCUUCAACUUGAGUUCUGAAGUGUUUACUGUCAUUGAAUUACCUGAGGGAGUCGACACACUAGUGGAGAAAUUGGUGAUUUUCAAAGGAGAAAUUGCUUUGGUGAAGGAUCCCCCUGCCAAUGGAUCGAUUCAAAUGAUGGUUAGAAAUGAAGUUUCAGGAGAAUGGGGUAUGGUCUCGUUUAUGAUUCCUCAGUGGAAACAAACUGUUGAAGACAUGGUGUUUUAUUUUAUAGGUACCGUUGGAACACGAAAACUUGUUUUCGUGCCAGCCUACGCGCGUAAGGGAUCACUCUUUGUGUUGUAUUUCGAUACAGCCACGAGAGAUGUUAUGAAGUAUGAGAUUAAAGGAGUUGUUGGAAAUCAAUUUCAUUCUAUUCGAACCUUCUUGGAUCAUAUAGAUAGUCCUCUGCUUUUGUGA